CGCGGCGGUGACGACUGUGGCGGAGAAGGUCCGGAGGAGCUCUGCGUUCUGGAGUGGCGCUGCUUGGGCCGGUGGUAGAUUGCAGGCUGCUGGCGCCGGGGCUGAGGAGAACGGGGAGAGGGUUCGGCAUUUCCCGUCGGGAUCCCCGCGACGAUGAGUGCUGCCAGGGAGUCCCACCCGCACGGGGUGAAGCGUUCAGCCUCCCCAGACGACGAUCUUGGAUCUAGCAAUUGGGAGGCAGCAGACUUAGGUAAUGAAGAAAGAAAACAAAAGUUCUUGAGACUUAUGGGUGCAGGAAAGAAAGAACACACUGGUCGUCUUGUUAUAGGAGACCACAAAUCAACAUCUCACUUCCGAACAGGGGAAGAAGACAAGAAAAUUAAUGAAGAACUGGAAUCUCAAUAUCAGCAAAGUAUGGACAGUAAAUUAUCAGGAAGAUACCGACGACAUUGUGGACUUGGCUUCAGUGAGGUAGAAGAUCAUGAUGGAGAAGGAGAUGUGGCUGGAGAUGAUGAUGAUGAUGAUGAUUCACCUGAUCCUGAAAGUCCAGAUGACUCUGAAAGUGAUUCAGAGUCAGAGAAAGAAGAAUCUGCUGAAGAACUCCAAGCUACUGAGCAUCCUGAUGAAGUAGAGGAUCCCAAAAACAAAAAAGAUGCAAAAAGCAAUUAUAAAAUGAUGUUUGUUAAAUCCAGUGGUUCAUAACUCCCAAACACUUAGUCUUUGUAUUAAAAGUAAGCCUUAUUGUUAUAAUGCACAGUGGAGGACUGCUUAUAGAGCACAGACCUUUGUAUUAUAAUUUUUAAAAAGGCCCUUUUAAAUAAUUACGAAGAGUGUUUGCUUUCAGAUGCCAUGGGUUACACUUUUAUGGGCAUGACUAUAACCAAUUUUGUAAAGAGUAAGAGUUGUAUAAAAUAAGAAAUAAAUACAGUACUCAAUUUCCUUUCAUAUUAGUAUCAAACCUCUAAUCUCACCUUUUUACCCCUUCAAAUACAGUUAUGGGGGAGACAUUUUUUGUUUGAUAGCUGUUUCAUCUUUUUUGUUCAUUCAUAUUUUUCUCUUAUAAAAAGUUUAUCUGAUACUGUGAUGUGUUCAUGAAAAAUAUUCAUUUUAUUUUGUUAUAGAACUAUCAUCAUGGAUAUUUCUGCUUCCUAGUAGCAGUCUAAAUGUUGGCGAAAGAUUAGGUACUUUACUCUUACUGAUUCAGCUCUACUCUUUUGGACCAAAGCAGCAGGAGCAAAUAUUUUCACACCUGUUGGGAUGAAGUUGCAAUUGUCAAAUAUUUGGAAUAUUAUGUUCCCAAGCAGUCUUUAUAUAAUUUGAAUUACAUUGUAUGUUAGAUUUUUGAUAAAAUUUGGCCAAUUUUUACAGAAGAAAUUAUUUCUCUGGUCAUUUGGUCCUAUCUAUUUAGAACUAUGUAAAACUGGAUUUUUUUUUUAAAGGUAUUAUGUGACCAAAGUUAAUUUUCUUUUUAAGGCCUAAAUAAAGAAAAAGCAGUUUCUCAUAUUUGCUUGUGAUACCUUUAUCCUCAUUCUAUACAAAUGAGGAACAGGCUUAUUAAAAUAAGAAGCUAAAACAAUUUUUUCAUUUUAUCCCAUUCUGUUUGCUAUCUGAUUACUAAAAUAUAGUCUUGCUUUC